CGACUAGAUUGACUUGUAACUCUUAUUUCCUUCGUGACUAAGAAUAAAAAUAAUCGCGUAUUUAUAUAAGCUCGUUCGCCUGCUCCUUGAAAUGAUCAGCUCACACAUAAGGAAAAUCAGAAAAACUAAUGGAGCAGCCUUUUCUAUCAUCAGGGAAAAGCGACGGCGAGCAGUGGAGCUCAUACGAGCACGUGGGAAGGGCGGGCUCGGCGAUCCCGACGGCUUCGCUGACCGGAAAUGAAGUCACCGUCGACGAAAUUCGAUUGGCGGCCGCUUAUUCCAGUCCGUAUUCUCCCUCUCUCCAUGCCCCUUUGCUGGUUUCACCUGGGCCUUCUCUUCAUAAUGAGCCUGUGGUCGGUUAUCCCCAGGGCCCGAAUUACGGCCAUUUUGGCGACCCUGCUGCUAAUGCUCAUAGACAAGUAUUGGAUGAGGUAGAAAUUCGAGAGCUACUCAUAGACCAUGUGGGUCAUCGGUGUUGUUGGGUUAGUCGUCCGGCUCGAACUUGGCCUAUUCAUGCAGUGGAAAAUUGCAAUGUCUAUGUGGGAACCCUUGAGACUUUUGUUGAAGAGAGAGAAGCAAUAACUGAAACCGAACCAUAUCUUUCCGGCGAAGUAGAUGGGAAAGAAAAAGGUCCACAGCUUGGGACAUGGGAAAUGGAUAUGAGGUCCGAGUUUCCUGUGCUAUUUACACCUCAUAAAGAAUCUCGGGUUGUGGUUCCUCAUUCGGAAGCUGUUGAUAAAUGCUCGGGUUGUGGGGGGAGAGGAAAAAUUGUAUGUCCUACUUGUAAUGCAGAUCAAGAACCUGGUUUCUACAAAGCAAAUCAGAUGUCUCAGUGUUCUGUUUGUUACGGAAGAGGUUUGAUUGCGCAUCAAGAUGGAUCAGAUACAAUAUGUAAGACAUGCAAGGGUAAGGGGGUCGUUCCUUGCGCCACAUGCGGAUCUCAAGGAGUUGUCAAAUGCGAGACAUGUAUCGGUAGUGGCUCGAUUCUGAAACGCCAGGUGGCUCUUGUUAAAUGGAAAACCUUUACAACUAGAAAAGUAAGCGCAACAAGUGGAGCUGCAUCUGUCCCGGAUGAAGUCUUUCACAGGGCAAAAGGGGUUCAGCUAUGCAAUACUCAGGCGCACCAGUGCACGCCAGCCUUUUUCGCCGACUCGUAUUUUCUGAACAAGUUCUCUUCGGAAGUGAUUUCCGAGAGGGCCCCGGUACCUCCUUCUUCCCGAGUCAUUUGCGAGAGGCACGUCAUUUCAGUUAUUCCGGUCACUCGAGUUACGAUGACUCACCAACGCCGUUUGUUCAGUUUCUACAUCAUUGGAACUGGAAAAGAGGUUUACAUGAAAGACUUGUAUCCUUCUAGGUUUUGCUGGGGGCUAUGUCCUUGCUUGGAUUGGUUGAGCUUGUAACUGUUUUUUUUUUUUUUUCCCCUCUUUUCAAGAUUAUGGUUCAUUGUUGCUUGUUAAUCGACACGGUUUGGCAUAUAGCGAAAGAAUGAAUAAGAAAAGGAUUCAUCUUGAUAAACCUUACAGGGUUUCAUAUUGUAUAUGAGCUAUUGAGCUGUAAUACCUAUGUCUGUACUUGGGACUUCCCAAUGCACAAUUAUUCAUAUGAUAAUAGUGAUUGGGUCAUCUUUUAGUUCCAUAGAUCUACUGUGCAGUGCAAGGACAAUGGUUUUCCUUAUUAUUUGAGCCACCUCGAAAUAAUU